UCAGUAAAAUCUUUGAAAUUGUUGCAUGUUGCGUUUAUUUUUUUGUUUAGUAUAGAACAAAAUGGUAUAGAAUAUACUUUUAUUUAUAUAAAGUGAAUCAUAGAAUAUCUUAUGUAGAAUAACUUUUAUUUUUUACGAUAAUGCACUUUCUAAAUGCAAUAGGUAGUACGUUUUGAUCAACUGCAAAGCCUACUUUGACUCUGAAGGUCAUUGGGGUUCAUUAAUUUAUGCCUUGUCACAGGUAUGGACAAAUUACCAUAAAUGGCAAUUACUACAAAGUUGAAGUAAGUGUGGAUUGAGGAAGUAUGGUAAAGGUCAGCUUUUUAUCUGUUCCAGACCCUGUGUUCACACAAUACCCAACACCCACACACACCUCAAGCCAACAUCCACCCACACACCUGAACCCAUGACUGCUGCACACCUCUACACUAACACAUGUUAGUGUUCAUGCCAGCAUAAUAUUAUCUUGUUUUCGUGCACAGGUGUGAUUUGCCCACUCACAUUGGUCCUAAUAAAUGUCUUAACUUCACAUAUAACUUUAUGGCACCAGUUCCAUAAUUCAAUUAAUUGUAUUAUCUGACAGUGCAGUAGUAUAAACAUAGUAUAGUGCAGUAGCGGGUACAGACAUUAAUAUUGCACAUUUAUAUUAGCACUAAGUUUUUUCUCUAUCCAUCUUCAUAAGUGUUCAACCAAAAUAUGAUCUACAUUUGUUGCCUUUACAAUUUUCUGCUUGUUCAUCUAUAUUACCAUAUGUGCCAUGUCGUCACAAACACUUGUUCCCUCUUUUAACUUCCAUGAGAGGCAUAGUUGAAAAGGGCACAGAGCUGAGCCAGAUCAGGUCAUAAAACCUACAUAUCAUCUAUAUUACAGGGAAAACGUGCUAUGUCGUCACAAACAAGUUAACUAUGCCUCUCAUGGAAGUUAAAAAAGGGAACUGUUGUUGAUUAAAAAGGGCACAGAGCUGAGCCAGGUCUGUAUGUCAUAAUACCUCGCUACAGCUAACAUGGCAUCCCUCCUUGUCCCCACUCUACUGCUGUGCUACAGCUCCCUCAGUCGCUGCUCAGAGAGCAAAGAAAAUCCUCUAGAUGUCUUCGCCCCACAGGAGGUGAAAUUCCACUCCCUAGACUACAGAAAUGUCUUGCAUUGGAAGCAACAUGCCAACUCUACCAACGACCAACAAUACUUUGUCCAGUGGAAAGUAUAUGGGGAGAAGCAGUGGACCAAUGCAGAGAAGUGCCAUGGCAUCAGCCGGCUGCUCUGUGACCUGAGCCAGGAGAUGUCCGACCCCAGAGAAUGGUACUACGCCAGGGUCCACGCAGCCCACUCAGGGACCCAGUCACCAUGGGUCCUAACCGCCAGAUUCAACCCCAAGUGGGAGACCUCUGUCAGCCCACCGACUAUGAAACUUCAUGUGAUGGAGAAAGGCAUUGUGGUCCGGCUCAAGCCUCCACGCUCUCCCCACAGGAGAUCUAAUGGCAGCUGGAUCAGUGUGAGGAGGCUGCAAAGAAUGUCAUAUACAAUACACCUCAUGCACAAUGAUGUUGAGGAGGAAACAUUUGAAAUGGAGGGCUGUGCCAAAAAGCUCCUGAUCUCAGAUCUGAGCCCCGGGACCACCUACUGCCUGACGGCCGAGAGUCGCUUGCACCUGCUGGACCGCAGAAGCACCCGGAGCCCUAGGGCCUGCAUCACCACACUGUGAAAAUGUAGCCCUGGAUUUCUCUGCCAAACCGGAAACUCAACAUGAUACUGUGACAAUCAAACCGCUCCGGAAGUAUACACUGAUGUAUUCACUAUUACCUUAGGUACUGCACAGAGAUGCACUUUAGGAUCCUUCACAUUUCUUUCAUUAAAUGCUUUGUUGACAAAUGUUGUAUGUAAAACUAUGAGUAGACACCAAACAAUGAAAAUGUGUGUUAUGUAAUCAAUCUUUUUUUUAACCAAAAACUAAAAACUUUGGUAGGCCAAAAUAAACCACUUGCCUCCUGUUGCAUAAUAAAUGGAAAGGGGAUACCUAGUCAGUUGCACAACUGAAUGCAUUCAACCGAAAUGUGUCUUACGCAUUUAACCUAACCCCUCUGAGUCAGAGAGGUGUGGGGAGGGCUGCCUUAAUCGACGUCCACGGGAGCAGUUGUUGUUGGGGGUUAACUGCCUUGCUCAAGGGCAGAACGGUAGAUUUGUCUACCUUGCUGUCUCCGGGAUUUGAAUCAGCAACCUGGCCCAACGCUCUUAACCGCUAGGCUACCUGCCGCCUCACUAGGCUAGUAGGCAGAUAUUGAUAAAGCACAAUCAUUCCUAUCCUUGUUUAGUUGGUGCUUGUGUAGUUGGGGUGGUGUUGCACUGUAAGAUAUAUGUGAAGGAGCUCUGCUGUUGAUCUGCAGUCUCUGUGUGUUGACGAGGGACAAAACAACCUACCAUCUCCCAUAGAAUUACUAAUGCUGCAUUUACACAGGCAGCCCAAUUCUGAUCUUUUUUUCACUAAUUGGUCUUUUGAUCAAUCAGAUC